AGCGAGGAAUUGUCCCGAGUUGAGGGAAUCCACGUCCUGCAAUUGAAUGUCACCAACGACGACGACCUUAGGAAUGCCUUAACCUACGUCAAGGAGAAUUUGCCGCCCCGAGGUCUCUGGGGGAUUGUCAACAACGCUGGAGUUUCCAAUUACGGGAAGGUGGAAUGGAUGUCUUUGGACGCCUUCAAGUGGGCGGCCGAGGUGAACCUCUGGGGUCCGAUCAGGGUCACCAAGACCUUCCUUCCCCUCGUUCGUCGAACAAAAGGCCGCGUGGUGAACGUGGCAAGUGUGUUGGGCCGCAUGGGAGCGGCACAAAGGGGAGCUUACGUCCUGACCAAGCAUGGCCUCGAGGGCUUGUCCGAUUGCCUCCGCUACGAGAUGAGG